CGACGCUCCCAGACCCCGCCGCUUCGCGCUCGUAUUUGAUAUUCCGUGAGCGCUCGGGUGUUCCCCUCCUGCUCUGACGGUGUGUUUGGGGGCAAAAUGUGGCCACGGGCCGGUCUGCGUGUUCUCGACGGGAUUCACGAAUUAAUGGCCGGCGGGGAUAUGAAGCAGCAGCUGGGGUAACUCACAGGGUACUAUGGUGGGACCUCCUGGGAAGCCAAAAGUUGACUUCUCCGCCAUGUCAGCUUGCUCCACAGAGCCAUGGAUCUUACCAGGACUUCUGCUGGCCUGAACACAGAGAGGUGGGCCUGGUGGGCCUGGGCAAUCUUCCCCUGACCAGCCACCGCCAUCAUCUUAUCGAGCUCCAUACGCACAUACGCACACACUGCAAAAGCCUGUGUUUGAGGUGACCCACCCCCACAGUAAGACAGCAGUCAAAGCAAACAUGACAGACAAGGUGAGUUUUAGCACGCCCAAAGUCAACCCCCGAUCCGCUGCAGCUCCUUUCCUCCCCCCUGAGCCAGUGGACAUCAUCCGCACUAAGGCCCGCUCACGGCGGGUCAGACUCAACGUCGGUGGGCUUACACAUGAAGUGUUAUGGAGAACACUUGACCGGUUGCCCCGAACUCGUCUGGGACGGCUAAGGGACUGCAACACCCACGAGUCACUGCUGGAGAUCUGUGAUGACUACACCCUCACUGAGAACGAAUACUUCUUCGACCGGCACCCGGUGGCCUUCUCCUCCAUCCUCAACUUCUACAGAACAGGAAAGCUUCACAUGAUGGAGGAGAUGUGCGCUCUGUCUUUUGGACAGGAGCUGGACUAUUGGGGCAUUGAUGAGAUCUACUUGGAGUCCUGCUGCCAGGCACGCUACCAUCAGAAGAAGGAGCAGAUGAACGAGGAACUGAGGAGGGAGGCAGAGACACUGAGGGACAAGGAGGGAGAGGAGGAGGAGCAGGGCUGCUGUCCUGACAAGAGGCAGAAGCUGUGGGAUCUGCUGGAGAAGCCCAGCUCCUCUAUAGCUGCAAAGAUCCUGGCCAUGAUCUCCAUCCUGUUCAUCGUCAUUUCCACAAUUUCACUGUCCCUCAACACUCUGCCAGAGCUGCAGGUUGUAGAUGAAUUUGGCCAGUUCAGUGACAACCCCAGUUUAGCCCACGUCGAAGCCGUCUGUAUUGCCUGGUUCACCAUGGAAUACAUGUUACGGCUGCUCUCAGCACCCAAUAAGUGGGUCUUCAUGAAAGCACCACUGAACAUUAUUGAUUUGCUGGCAAUACUGCCUUACUAUGUGACCCUCUGUCUAACUGAAUCUAACAAGAGCGUGCUGCAGUUCCAGAAUGUGCGGCGUGUGGUUCAAAUCUUCCGUAUUAUGAGGAUCUUGAGGAUUCUGAAACUGGCCAGGCACUCGACGGGGCUCCAGUCUUUGGGCUUCACUUUACGAAGGAGCUACAACGAGUUGGGACUGCUGAUCCUGUUUUUAGCCAUGGGCAUCAUGAUUUUCUCUAGCUUGGUAUUCUUUGCUGAAAAGGAUGAAGAUGCUACAAAAUUCACCAGCAUCCCUGCUUCGUUUUGGUGGGCAACCAUUACUAUGACGACUGUCGGGUAUGGUGACAUUUACCCACAAACCCUGCUUGGUAAGAUUGUAGGAGGGCUUUGCUGCAUAGCAGGCGUGCUUGUCAUUGCUCUUCCUAUUCCAAUCAUUGUGAACAACUUCUCAGAGUUCUACCGAGAGCAGAAGAGGCAAGAGAAGGCCAUCAAGAGGAGGGAAGCUCUAGAACGAGCAAAACGGAGUGGAAGCAUUGUUUCUAUUAACCUAAAGGAUGCUUUUGCCCGCAGUAUGGAAUUAACAGAUGUGUUGGUAGAAAAAAGAGAGGACAGUAAAUGUCCCGUUGAAAAUCACCUGUCACCCAGUCGCUGGAGCUACCACAAGCACUACCACAAUGCAGAGGCAGGUAGCCCUGGCAGGUCUCAACAAUACCAAGAAGUGGCCCAGCAGGGCUCCCCAGAGCGAUUCAAGCCCACGUCGAAUAAAACUACUCCUCAACACCUCAGUGCAAAGCGGCUAGAAGAUACUUACAACAAGACAGCAGCCAUUCAAGAGCAGCAGGAAAAAAUUCGAGAAGAACAGAUUGAGAUGAAAGAGUUCUCAUCCACUCUGGCCCAGCAAGCAUCACCUAAAGUCAGUCGUUCCAGGGAAUCUUCAACUGCAGCAGAUAAUUUUGCACUGGAAAGAGGGGAGCGAAGCUCACUGCUCCCCAGUGUUGAAGGAGGUCAAGCUGGUACUCGACAUCAGUGUAUUCCACCUCCCUUGGACCUAAGUCAGAUCAGCAAUAUGGAGGUAAAGCAGGGCCCUGACAGCAUUCAGCCAAUGACAUUCAUCAAAGAGGGUUUGUAUGAGUUCACAUCUAACCCCAAAGGAAGGUUGACUGGGGAUCUGAAUUUGUUCUCACAGAGUGCAGAAAGCUCUGGGAUGACCUAUGAUAGCACCGGCACAGCUUUGGAAGAUCACGGCAGCCCUCAAAACACAAGAGCCCUGAAGCUUGACUUCAUUGCAUCGAAAGAUGAUGUCCUCGUGGCAGUGAUGACACCUGUGGCGACACCCAUCCCCACUGGCUCUGCAAAGUGUGCUCAACUACUUACUGACGAAUUGGUUUCCAGGUUUUCUCCGUCUCCCAGUUAUACAACACAGGAAACUAAGUCUCCGCUGGCUAUCCUGCAAUCUCCAUCCCUGGCUCAGCAAUAUAUCAGUCCCAGCACCCCCAAGGGGGGAUGUGAAAGCUCAGCAGGCAGGAGCUUAGAAGGUGAAGGGCAGCUCACUGGCUUAAGCCACCUGGGCAGGAAUCACAUGGAGAGAUCUACUGCUGCCUCGGGUGGUGGUGCUAGUCCAUUGUCAAAAGCAUGCUCACUCAACAGCACCCAAGACCUAGUAAGUAAGGAAGGAGUGGCCGAUGGAGGAUUAGAGGAAGCAGAACAGAGAGUAGAAAAACGAGAAAAUCACAUUGUUCUGGAUGGAAGCCGAACGCCGCCCUGUGAAACGAACAUGUGAGCUUUAAAGAAAAAUGCAGACAGGGCCAAGGCAAAGCAAAGGCUGAUGGGAUGCUUGACAGGAAGUACCAGGAAUAACCUGUGACAGAUGCUGUGUGUGUGUGCACUGGACUUUUUGACAAAGACAUUAAACAAAUCUAUCAUAAAAGCUGCAACUCUUCCGAUCUCACGACACAUUCGAACGGUCGUUCCUUUUUUGACCUUGGUGCUGCUGUCAUGACUUUAUUACUGGAGGACAUUCAUAAGCACACGCAUGCCUGACUGGGCACUGUUUAAACUUGAGUCUAAGUGACACCGUGUGGUGUCAGUGUUACUGAUUGGUUUUGUUUAAAUGAGACAUGAACAGUGGCAACCUGACCUGUGUUUUAGGCCUUGUCUGAAUGAUAAUGUUCGGGACUAUCCUGAAGAGUCAGAUAUUCAGUUUCCUAACACUUGCUCCCCAAGGCCGGAUUUGAAUGGACAGUUAUACCAAGGAAAGACAGACCGUGAAAGGAAAUUAUAUUUUUUAUAUUUACAAAUUUUAAAAAUCUAUCUUUUGCAAGACUUGCAAGAAAAAUCAAUGAUCAGUCAUUAUUCUGUGUUGAAGAUCUUCCUUACUCAUUAUUACAUUCUUGUAACGGGACAACCACAAGCACAUGAUACAAGACAAAAGUCCCACAUAGUACUGCAUUGUCCAAAAGAACAUAUGUAUCUGCUGUUGAGCACUGUGAUCUAUGCUCUAACUUUAAGUAUUUCUAUAUAUUUCAGUUUUAUGUUGUUGUUUUUGUUCUUGGUUACUUUUUGUUGUAUUUUUCUUUUCAUUUUUCUUGUUCCUAAAUAUGUGAAAUGGAGAUACAAUCUCUACUAUAUUCACUGUUUGCACAAAUUUCCAUCCAUCCAUGUUCUACUGCUUGUCCCUUGUCGCGGGUGAGAGGUCGGGUAUACCCUGGACAGGCCACCAGUCUGUCCCAGGGCUUCCACCAAUGUCCAGCAUGAAAUAUCCUAACAACGAACAUUAGUCAAAAACAAUACAAACCCAUAAUGAGACACACGAUUUGAGACAGAAAGACAGAAAGGAAACCUCACACAGUGUCCAUGAUUACUCACUUGUGGUUCAUCAUACACUGCUUUAAUUCCCAGUUCCCACACAUACUGUGUGCGUGAUAAAGGUUUGACGAACCUCAGAUCGGACUUUGUUUUUGGAUUCUUCAUCAACACAGUGGCCAGGCGCAUAGUGUAUUCAGGAAAAUGAGUUGUGGAAGUAGAGUUCAUGAAAAGCAACCAUUGUCUUCUUUCUUUAUUUUUGUCUCUGUGAGACUAGUGUCUUAUCAUAACAUCAGCCCUAUCUAAUCGUUUUAAUCUUGCUAGUGUACUCACCAAGCUAAGAAUGAGAUCUGGUAACAUGGAGACUUUCAUAAAAAAAUAAAAAGGCCAACCAGUCAGCCAUCAGGAGUCAUAUUCAAUUGCCCUUGUUUACUUAGCUAGUCUUAGCAUGUUUCAAAGAAUGUGUCUGAUUUGAGUGCCGUACAGCAACAGGCUGUUUUUGGCCACGCUGUUAAAAAUGUUCACUGAGACAGUAACAGCAAGCCGGAGUAAAAACGGCCAAAAUGUGACUUAAAGUAAGAAUUUAGAAACUGGAAGCUGUUGGUUUACAGUGAGACGACUCAAAUGGCUUGUCUGAUAGAAAAUACUGUGGCUAUUAACCAUUUGUCUUCCAUGCUUUAAGCGUAUAAUAAAUAUGACACAAAAAAGUAUGUUCCAAUACAUGGAACAGCAUGUCAGAGAUAACUAGAUAUCUUUCUGCAACAGGUCACAUUUUGCAGCAUGCAAGCUAGCAUGCUAUUUUGACCACACUUCUGAAAAUCUCUUGCAUCGAUGUCAGCAUGCUAGCAGAAUUCAGCAGCUGUACUCGUCGUAUCACGAGUUAUACAACAGCUGCCAGAGUAAGACCGUGUGGAAAGAGACAAACGAGGUCUUCUUAGUGAGAGGAGGUGCAGGCUCAAGCAUCUGGACUUCAGUUAUUGCAAAGACACAUCGCUUUAAACCAAGAAUAAUUGUAAUAUGAUGAGUGCAGAGAGAUAAAUAGAGGGAGUGUGUCUGUGUGACCUUUAGGUGCUGACUGUAUUAUAAAGGUAGAACAAUAGUUCCCUUUGCAGGGAGUCACUUGAGUAAAAAGACCUGACGUCACUUUAAGCAUUAUCUUUGGGAACCUUUGACAUUUUUCUUUUGUUUGUGUUUUUAAAGAUCAGAUUUGCAUUCAUGUGAAUGAACCUGACAGAUUCAAAUGCACAUUUAACUGUGUGAAUAGAGCAGAGUGAGCAGGUGGUGAUUAGGUCACAUGCUAACAGGGGAAUGGUACUGUCUUAUCUGUGUUCCCUGAUGAGCUUAUCAGUUGUUUCACAUUUUUGUUGUUGGUUAAAACUUUGAGCUGUGUGUUGUUCUUAACAUCUCAGUACAUGAAGUUUUUAAAAAUAUGUGCCUUUUCAUAAAUAGAUCAUUUAUGAGAAGGUGAAAAAAACUGUUAGAUGUGGCCCGACUUUUUCUUUGUCUUCUUUUCUCGUGCUCUCUCUUUGUCCUUGUGCAGUAGAUGUAGUUAAAUGAAAAUCCUCACAUUUUCUGGAUUUGCGUACCUUUACAACUUUGUAUUAUUAUCUCAUCAACAUUAUCGCACCCCAUAGCUCAUCGUUCCAACCUCACAGUGCCACACUGUCAUUUGAUUUCAUCAGCUGAAAGCAGCACGUUCAGUGUGUGACUCGAGUGCAGCAGCAGAUUACUGACAGCCAAACGGACAUAACGUCUAAAAACACGGCUUUUUAUGUCGUGCAACUGGACUCAGCUAGAUUUAUGUUAUGAUAAAUUGCACAACAUUAACUAAAUGUUAAUUCUUCUCAAGUAUAUAUCCAGCCUAACGUAGAUCAAGACAAACUCAGAGAAGUUUAAAAAGAGCACCGGUUCUAACAAACGUUGGUUUGUCGCUGCUGCAGGUCGGGAAGCAUGAGAACAGUGUUAUGGCUUUCACAACCUCAUCUCCACUCAUUUGUCGGAGAAUUGUUAUUUAUAUUUGUUCAUUCAGAUUGUGUACAGUAAACAUACAACUGUAAAGCUUCUCGAUCUGUCCUGCCAGCUCCACUUCUUUAAUGCCCCACUCGUCCAUCCUCAUAUACUUUAUUGAAUUGUAGCCUGUGCAAUGAUUAGUAUGAGUUAUUAUAUAUAGCUCAGUGUAAUGAUAGUAAAUGAUAAAGAGUUUUGAUUCAGUUAUCAAAAUGCAAGACAAAUAAAUGUGUUCAUGUGA